CUGUCUGCAUUUCAGUCUGAUAUCAACAGACAGGCAGUGUGUGUACACAUGCACAAGUGUGUGUGUGUGCGCAAAUUGGGGGGGUUGGGGGUGGAUGCAAAGCAGCUCAAACACACGACAGCACUUCGCACAGCUACAUUUCCUGCGGCCACACUCAGCUGCUGAAAGCAAGCAUCGCUGGUAUUGUUGCAUCUCUGGUCUCCUCCUUCCUUCCUCCUCCUUUCCCCUCCCUUCACUCAUCCAUCCAUUCGUCCACCCCCUCUCGUCUCCACACACGCAAAGCGACUUGCGCAUCGCCUCCUCCGGCAUAAUGACCAACGAUUCCCCGGAGGAGGAGACCCGAGCCCCGGGCGGCGGCGGCGGAGGAGGUGGAGGAGGUGGAAAAGGAAUCACGCGAAGAAACCGAGCAGACGACAAUGUCACCAUCCUGACAUCCUCCAUGGAUUUACACAGAGCCAGCCGGAGCCGAGCCAGUAGCAGCAACGAUGCCGCCCCGAGCCUCACAUCCUCCGUGGAUCUGAGCACCUCCUCCCUGGAGCUGAGCAUCCAGACGCGGAUCUUUAAGAUCAUCGUCAUCGGGGACUCCAACGUGGGGAAGACCUGCCUCACCUUCCGAUUCACCGGAGGCAGCUUCCCCGACAAGACCGAGGCCACCAUCGGCGUGGAUUUCAGGGAGAAGGCGGUGGAGAUUGAAGGAGAGACUAUCAAGGUGCAGGUAUGGGACACAGCAGGCCAGGAGCGCUUUCGUAAAUCCAUGGUGGAACACUACUACCGCAAUGUCCAUGCAGUGGUCUUCGUGUAUGACGUCACCAAGAUGGCCUCCUUCCGCAACCUACAGACAUGGAUAGAGGAGUGUAAUGGCCAUCGGGUCUCAGCAUCAGUACCUCGAGUCCUGGUGGGAAACAAGUGUGACCUUGUGGGCCAAAUACAGGUGCCCUCCAACAUGGCGUUGAAGUUCGCUGACGCCCACAACAUGCUGCUGUUUGAGACGUCGGCCAAGGACCCGAGGGAGAGUCAGAACGUCGACUCUAUCUUCAUGUCGCUGGCCUGCCGCCUGAAGGCCCAGAAAUCCCUGCUCUACAGAGACGUGGAGAGAGAGGAUGGGAGAGUCCGGCUCACACAAGAGACUGAAACAAAGAGUAAUUGUCCUUGUUGAGGAAAAGGAGGAGUGGGGGGCCUAAUGGAGGGGAAGAGAGAAGAAUAACUGUACAUGUCAAGGAAGAGGAGGAGAGGGAUGAUGGGACAGUGAGGCUAAAAUAAGAGUCUUUUAAAUUAAGUGCAACUUUUCUGGUUUAGGAGGAGGAUGGGGGGGUUGAGGAUGACACUAAGAGCAAUGUGUUAGCAAAGGAAGAGGAUAGGGAGGAGCGAGGAUGGUGAAGAUAGAGAGAAAAGAGGACAAAGGGAUUUGGGAGUUUAUUAACAAUUCUGAAAUGAGACGAUGUUGCCUUUUAGACUACAGUGUAUUGUAGAAAUUCUUCCAUUUGCUCAAACAUAGACAGAAAUAGUAAAGUAAAUAUACUUUCAGUGUGCCCAGUGCACAGGCAAACACAGCACUUUUAACAUGUGAGUCAUUUGGGGAUCCACAACAAACAGUCUUGACUGUUAUUUCCUAAACCAGCCCUGGUUUGGUGUUUGUCACAGCCAUUAUUGAGAGCAACAUUCUGAGGCAACAUAUUACAACUCUUAAAUCACAGUCUUAUAUUUGCAACCUUUAUCUACUGCCUUAGAAAGCUGCCUCUGUCUUGGUUUGAAGAAAUCAGUCAGGUUUCAAGUAUUUUAACCACUCGAGAUGAUCUCGGUUCAUACAACCAACUAAACACUCUUGACAGCCUCUUCAGUGGGAAUAUCAACUGUCUGAGAGGAUGAAUGAGACUCUUUUUAUCUCUGAAUUUUAACGUACCUGAUAUCUAUCUAGGUCAAUCCUUCACAAGUAGGACAGUUGACUUAAAAUCACUGUGAGAUCACGAAUACAUGGGAAAGAUGAGAAAACACAUCUUAGACAAAGUUGAUGUGGAUAAAACAGGGGGCAAAAAGUCCAGAUGAGCUUAAAGGGCCUCUGCAGGAAGACCUUGACAACAAGGUUUCCUGAAAACAGACCCUCUAGAGGUUGUCAGGCAGCAUGUCACAGAUUGAUUUAGAGGCUGUAAGAUCCCUUUACCCUUAUGCAGGAGAAAUGCUCUCUCCUACAAGGAAGGGCCGUCAUGGCAAGGCUCCCUUUUUUCUCAUCUAAUCCUGAUGUAAACACAGCCACUCCAUGCUUACCCUCUGGCGGAGUGGCUUAUCCAGCUUUCCCUUUGUGUGCAAAUGCAGAAACAUCCAGUCUUUGCCGUAUGUGACUUCAAGAUAUCCAGUCAGCCGCAGCAAUUCCAUAUUCUGUAAUGAACUUUUUCAAGGUAAAGGCCUUCUGUCUGUCUUAGAUGAUGUGCUCUCCACAUCAGUAUCACUGCCUCCAGUCUCAGAGAGGACAGGAAAGAUGAUAGAAAACUGUGACCCCCUGUAUACAUAAUGGAUAUAUUUAUACUGCUACACAGCCUGAGCCUGGAUGUGUGGACUUUUAAGCCAGUGAGUAAGUCCAGGAGUAUCCGAGCAAUGGAUGACACAGGCUGCAUGAAACACUGUAGAAAGCCAUAUUCAUGAAUUACUCUACACAGUGAUGCAGUAUGCUUUACAUUGAUAUAGCUCCCAGCUGGGUUGUGGAUGGAAGAACACACUGUACAUUACUCAGUGUUGGAGCUACGAUGCCUUUGUAAUAAGGCAUCAAUCCACAAGACUGACUGUGAUGCCGCCAAUCUGAUUUAGCAGCACACUCACCAUAUCUUACCCUAAUUUAACAUUAUAGCCUACUUUUGAGCAGUGCUAUAAAUAUAUAUUUGGAUGCCAUGUGUAAAAAAAUUCAGAUCAGUGAGCAUUUCAGACCCGUGUUCCCUCCAAGCUAAUUCAUUCAUCCCAUCGACUAAUUUAAAUACUGUGCAAAUCCAAGUGAAAUCCAUAGCGCUAUUGUCUGAGCGAUAUCAGUUAUUGUUGAUUUUUAUUCAGAAAUUCUCCUCCUCUGUUCUUCCUCAGUUUCAAACAUGAUUGUAUCACUAGCAGCAGGAUCAAGCAGCCGUUACAGGAGAAUAAAUUACUGUAAAAGACCAGGAGCUCUAUUCUUUCUCAUUGUAUGUACGGGCAAAUCUGUGACAUGCAACCCAGAGCCAUAGGUUCAACGAGAGCUGGGCGAAUGAACACACAAAUCAUCCAUCCAUUCAUCCAUUUUCUAAACCACUUAUUCUGUUCCCCUGUACCAGAGGAGGGGUACACCCUACAACUCUUUAUCUGUUAACAAAUCUUUCUGGCUCUGUUAGGUUAGCGUAACCUGGCUAAUUUAGUCGCUGUAAUACAAGUGAGAUGACUGUAGAAAAAAGAAGAACGUGCCUGCACUUCCUUCAUAAACUUCUGAUCUAAAUAGAAUAACAUUUGACUUUGUUUCAAAUGACUGAAAAAGAAAAAGGAAGAUAUAAGUAAGUUAGCCUUGUUAUUAGCGUGUAUCACUCAUCACAGUUAUGAACACACAUAAAGCUCUCUCUCUCUCUUUUAGCUGUGUUUGCAGAAUUUCAGCCUUCUCGUCCCGGUGGAGGCUGGACAGAAGCGCUGAGGCCCGGAGUGUUAGUCCACCAAGACACUUUCAUGUCAGUUAGCCUAACGUUUGUGCAUGGUGUGGUAACACUCUCUUUUUCUUUUUUAAACAUUUGAACUCAUAACCAAUUUGUAUUUUAUCCAGGUCUAAAAGUUAAGAAUACAGAUGUACAGUAUGUUUGCUUGCCUUCCUCUUUCCCUGUACUAUAUUUUAUUUGUUACAAUAUUUUGCUCUUUUUUUUUUUUUUGCAGUUGAUUUGUGUCUUUUUUAACAACCCAUGUUUGCUCUUAAAAGGAUGCCUUGACAUUUUGAAAUUUAGUCUGGUACUUUUAUUUAUCUGCAAAAAGUCACAAUGUAAAAAAAAAAAAGAAGGUUUCUGUAUGUGCAAUUAAUAAAUAUCAAGUACACUCGGUACAACACAUCAGUAUGGGGAAUGGGUCUUUGCGUCAUCAGGGCACAAUCUCUUGAUGAGGGUACUGGAGCUGAAACGAUUAGCUGGUCGACAGCAAAUUAAUCUGCAACUAUUUUGAUAAUCGAAUCAUUGUCUAAGUGAUUUUUCAAGCAAAAAUGCCAAAUAUUCCUCUGGUUUCAGCUUCUCAAAUGUGAAUAUUUGCUGUUUUUCUUUGUCUUAUAUGACAGUAGACUGAAUAUCUUUCGACUGUUGGUCGGACAAAACACGGCAUCUGAAUAAGUCAACUUGGGCUUUGCAAAAUUGUGGUUGUAAUUUUUUCACAAUUUCACAAUUUUUUCACAUUGUAUACACCAAACGUUUAAUUGAUUCAAUGAGAAAGUAAUUGGCAGAUGAAUCGAUAAUGAAAAUACUUGUUAGUUGCAGCCCUGCAGGGUACAACACAUCAGCAGUGUUUCCCUCCCUCAGAGAACAUUGGUUAUAUAUAGUAGUAGUACCUUCAGGUAAUGCAUAUUAUAGUGCUAAUGCUGUCAGCCUGUAGACUACCGCUAUCCUGUCAUUGAUUUCAGGGUCAUUUCAACGCUUAUACCCCCCAAUAAAAUAAUUAUAUUCUAAUAAUGUAAUAUUUACUAAUGUAUGUGGGGGAAAUCCCUUUCCCUUCCACAGGAGGAGCUCUAUGGCGUCACAGUAAGCUCAACAGUGCAAAAACAGAGAAAAGAACAAAAUCAAUAAAAAUGUAAUUAGAAAAAUGAUUCUGUAAACGAGGUGCUCAAAUAGUCAACAUGAAAAGACACAAUUAUAGAUAAAAGCCUACUUUGAGCUAAAGACAAGAAAGUUGGAACCAAGUAAUGUUUUAAAUUAUUUCAGGUUUAUUGUCUUAAAAAAAAAAAAAGGUCUUUAUCUGCUUUUACAUGUCUCUUCAACUUUCACUCCAGUUUUUUAUUUUCAGUUCCAACUCCAAUGUUUUGUUAGUGCCUAUUUUGAAAAGACCACCUGUAGCAACCUGUGUGACUGACGCAGGUCAGCCUGCUGGAUGAACUCAGUUUUUAUUGCCAUUUUUAUGGAUAACAGUUAAUCUGUUUAACAUGGAACCAAUAUGGAUACAUUUCUGUUUACGCUCCACUGAGCUUAAUGUGACGCCACAGAAGUUGGAGGUCGGGCAGCUACAGAACAGCAGCACUCGCUCAACGACUCUCCAGCAUGAUGGAUGCCUGCUGACACCCUCAUCCUCAGGGGUACAGUACAUUCUACCUAGUCAGUACUACAAAACAUUUCAGAUUAAAAGUCAAAAUACCAAGUUACUCCUUUAACAAAAGCCUUAAGAGUGGUGUUACUUGAUUUUAUUGUUAAAUCUGAGAUGACAAUGUUUUUUGGCUGUGGGUUUGUUAUUGUUUUGGACUGUAUCAGAUUGUCUUCUACUCUAUGUUUCAUAUGUAACAUUGUGGUUGUUACAAUCUCACAAAGGGACUUCUGAUAAAACUGCUGAAGAAGCUUCA